AACAAAGCACUCGCCAAGCUCACUCUGCCCUACUGAUUUUUAAUUGUUGGAUUAAACUCCGUUGGACUUUGAUAUUAGUUUAAAAUUUCAAAAGUGCGUUAUUUCGUAUUCCAAAUAAAAUUUGUUAAGAGCACAAGAAUAAAUAAUAUGGAAAGUGAUUCUACAGAAAUUUAUGUUAAAGCCCCUUGGGGUAACAUUGCUGUGGUCUCAUGGUAUGAGGGUUCUUCAGAGCCUGUUCUCAUGGUGCAUGGCAGGCAGGACAGUGCUGCAACAUUUGUUCCCCUAGUGUCGCAUUUACCUCGGACACGACAGUAUGUUGCGGUGGACCUGCCUGGGAAUGGAAGAUCGGAUAGCUUUCCCAAAGGUAUAAUGAUACAGAGGUAUCAUUUCAUAGCUGUGAUAGACUACGUGAUUAAACACUUUGGCUGGAAAAGCUGCGUGUAUCUUGCUCACUCUAUGGGAUGCGAAAUAGGUUUAUUUUACAACGCUGUGUGGCCCGGCGUCAUAAGUAGAUUUGUGCACUUGGACGCGGGGCCCAGUUUCCAGCGGCUGCAGCAAUCCUACAAUGAUUACGAACGUCACUUCCACAACUACUACUCCAAUUACCGUAGAUAUAAUAGCGACGAUUCUAAAGUGUAUACAAGGAGAAAGGCUCUGGACGCAGUGAUGAGAGCAAGAAAAAUGAAUGAAGAACAAGCUGCUGUAAUACUCUCGAGGGUACUUGUGAAAAUAGGAGAGGACCGAUAUAGAAUGUCAUGGGACCCGCGUAUGAAAACCAUCGUUCCACAAAAUCUUACAAACGAAGGGAACAUAAAACUGUUCACUAGAGACAAAAUACCGUCUCUACUUAUUACCAUGAGUGAGGGCCACGGCGGAAAUUUGCGCGGCAAAGAUGGCGCCGAUCAGCUGAUCCGAGCCAUGAUGGAGGCCGACAACUUCCGGGAAGUAGUGUUAUCUGGACAGCACGAUUACCACGUGACCCAUGCGGAGGAAGUGGCAAAAUACGUCGUAGAUUUUCUUGAUAAUAAAUCAUGUGAUAUUAAAUGUAAGAUUUAAGCGUGUUGUGUUUCAUUUUAUUUUUUGUCUGUUAUAUUUUCAUUAGGUUGAUAAGCGAGUAUUUACAGUGCGACAAAGAUCUUUAUGAUUGCGAGUGACAGUGCAAGGAGGGCACCACUGUCUACGUAAAUGACCCAUAAUGAUAUAUAAAUAUGACGUUUACCAAGACUUCGGCGUUAGUUCCAAUUUUCGACACUCUUUCAAUUCAAUUCAAUAUCGUUUAUUCAGUCU